AUGAUGAUACCCAAUCUGUCACCUGAGCAGUUAGAAAGGGACCAACAGCUUGGGCUGUUGGCCAUCCGCAACUUCCUAGAGAGCAAGACGUCUUUUGACGUGUUGCCCGUUUCAUACAGGUUGAUCGUUUUUGACACCUCGCUACUUGUGAAGAAGUCGCUGAAUAUUCUUCUCCAGAACUCGAUUGUCUCGGCUCCAUUGUGGAAUAGCAAAACCUCGAGAUUCGCAGGAUUGCUUACCUCGUCGGAUUUCAUCAAUGUGAUACAGUACUAUUUCCAGUUUCCCGACAAGUUCGAGCUUGUUGAGAAGUUGACACUGAAUGGAUUGCGUGAUGUAGAGAAGGCAAUUGGGGCCGAGCCGAUUGAGACUGUGGCAAUCAACCCACUAAGACCCUUGUAUGAAGCAUGUGUCAAAAUGAUUGAGUCAAGAGCACGGAGAAUUCCGCUCAUUGAUGAGGACGAAAACACCCACAGAGAGAUUGUUGUGUCGGUUUUGACUCAGUACAGAAUCCUCAAAUUUGUGGCGUUGAAUUGCAAGGAGGUGAGGAUGUUGAACAAACCAUUGAGGAGCCUGAACAUGGGUACCACUGAGAUCUCUAAGGUCACACUGGACACACCGGUGAUCGACGUGAUCCAUCUUCUGACGCUCAAGUCUGUCUCUUCUGUGCCAAUCAUGGACGAGAAUGACAAGCUGAUCAACGUAUACGAAGCAGUGGAUGUGCUGGCACUCAUCAAGGGUGGCAUGUACACGGACCUGUCUCUAUCCGUGGGCGAGGCCCUCAUGAGAAGGCCCGAGGACUUCGAGGGUGUCUACACGUGCACUUUGGAUGACAGACUCAGCACGAUCAUAGACACGAUUAGAAAGUCAAGGUUGCACAGACUGUUUGUGGUGGACAGUGAGGGCAAGUUGUUGAGCGUGAUAACACUCAGUGAUAUCCUGAAGUACAUAUUAUUCGGAUAA